AUGAAAACGCAGCAGGCACACCUUUUUCCUUCAUCACAAUAUCGGGAGACGAUAGAGCUGAGAAGUUACUGUAUUCACUCCCAUACCUUUUGCUACAUCGCCAAGGAAGUCAAGUACAUCGACUCAGAACUCCCAAACAUAACACGAGUGAUAGACCCGUACGGUGUCGGAAUGAACAAGGGAAGGAAUGGGCGACACUCGAUGUACGGCAAUCCCCAAGGCCUACCGGGACUCCCCCAGUCCCGGUACAUGCCUCUGGGGGGUCACAAAUCCCCCCGCCCGCCCCCCCGGCCCCCGGCUCCACGCCCCCCUCCCCCCCAGCCCCCGAUGAUGUCCAACCUGCCGCCACAGCCGUCGAUCCCGCAGCCGGACCCCAUGGUCGGUCGUAGAAUAGACAUGCUUGAACAGCGUCUCAAUGCAACAGAACAGAGCAACCGUACGUUACUUGACGAACUUAUGCGUCUGCAACAGGAACUGAAGAUGAAUGUUAAAAAGAACGAAAUGGGAUUGGUCGAGGAGAAGGAGGGUCGGUCCCGCCUCGACGCCGCUUUCCGCCAAUCACAGAACAAGACGUAUGAGAUGGAGGACAGGAUUCGUCGGUGUGAGGACGGGAUUAAGGAAACUCGAAAUGCCAUACAACAAAUGUCGUCACACACGAAGAGCAUCGAAAUGGCCCUCAAAUCAGCUGAGCAGGAACAGAUGGAGAGACGUGGCAACAGCGCUCAGAGACUACAAGAAUACCGCCACGAAGUCAUGAAGAUGAACCAGAGCAAGGAACAGCUGGAGAGACUCGUCUAUUCCAUGAGGGACGACGUCAGGGAAGCCACGACGCGGGUGGAGGGGCUGACGCAGGAGAUGGGGUCCCUGGAGUCCAACGUCAAGAUGCAGGCGAGGCUGAUGGAGGAGAGCAACAGCAGGAGGAACACGACGCCUGUGGAGGACACAGGCAAGAUGGCGGAGGGCGUGCGGCUCGCGCUCGAGGGGAAAAUGAUCCAGAUGAACACACUGAUCCAGGACCUGACGCAGAGAAUCAACAUGGAGGCCAAAAAGAGAGAGAAAGUUGAAACGGACGUCAAUAUCAGGAUUAACGAACUCCUCGAGGACUACGGCAGCACGAAGGUCGAGAAGGACAAGGAGAUGCGCGAAUUCGACGACAAGAUGAAGGAACUCCAGGCAGGGUUCAGCGCGAGCGAGAAGCAGCGGAUCCUGAUGGAGAUCUCGUCGGUGGCGCAGGAUCUCAACACCAAGAUCGAUCAGAAGGAAGCCAAACUCCGCGACGACACAGUGAAUAAACUUACCGUCAUCGAGAAAACGCUGACGGAGGAAAACCGGAGGAGAGCCGCUAAAGAAAAGGAAUUACAAGAAAGCGUGGAUAAACAGAUGAAGGAAGCACAGAUGAGGGAGAACGACGGGACGGCGGCACUCAAGAAACAUAUGGAGCAACACGAAACUCAAGUCAGGAACAAACUUGGCGAGAUGACCACGACGAUUAACGAUCUAGAAGCUGACUUGAAGCAACACCAGCUGGAACAGGAGAAGGUGAUAGCCGCGGAAAUCAGUCAGCGGCAAAACGAAAAUAAAGUCCUAGAGGCCAAAAUAGAUGACCUGGAGGACAGACAGAGGCGGGGCUUGGCGUCCCUGCAGUCAGCUGUCGGCGACGUUGCGGCCACGAAGAACUCAGGCUCGAAGCCGCCGGAUUAUGACGAGAAUUCGAAUUCAGGCAGUCAGCGCGGUUAUACACCGAGACUGCAAGAGGCAUAUGAUCGUCUUGAUGAAGAAGCAUUUAUUAUUCUGUCGACGCGAAGGAUCCAGCGCAUGCAGAACGAGAACGCCGACGGCAUCCGGGAGCAGGUGGCGAAGGACGUGGCGAGGAUCGAGGGGCGUCUGGGCACCGUGGAGACGAAGGUGCAGCAGCAGGAGAAGAGGAUGGAUAAUAAACUGCAGUCGGCCAAGGCACAAGAUAAGGAAGCCAACUCUAUCAUGGGCGACAAAAUGCAGCAACAGAUCGACUCUGUAAUCUUCAGCCAGGAGAGACUCAAGAAACAGGUCGAUUCCUUGCAGAACAAAGUGCAGGACACUCCCAAGAGCGUGACAAACCUGAAGGAGGAAAUGGAGGACAUGGAACAGCGCCUGAGCAAGAAAGUGGACCAGGAGAGGAAAGAGCGCAUGGACGACGUGUCUGAACUCCGCACCGACAUCGAUAAAAUUGUUGGCAAGAACGAGAGCGUGGGAACCGUGCCGAGCUUGGCUCGCCUCAACCAAGACGUGGACGAGACGCAGACGGGCAUGAAGAAACUGGCGGAGGCGGUGCACGUGGUGAAGAGCUUCCUGUCAGACAAGAUCAAGGACGAGAAGAAAACGAGGGUGCAGGAGGACACACUCCUGAAGAGGGACGUGGAGCGACUCAACACCAAGUACUCAGAACUCAACGAUAAGAUCAGGAAUAGCGCUUAA